CGCUAGAGCAAAGCGGCUUCCUGACAGACGAAAUUGAACUAAAAUCGUGAGGAAUGCACCAAUCGAAGUUGUAUCCAAGGAAACUGCCGCCCUGGCAACAUCUUUUCCUUAAUCAGGAAUGCUUUCCAGCGCCCCUGUUUCAUCUCCAUCCUCGUCAUAUCGAAAGAAUCAACCUUUCGAUAUGAACAAUCACUAUAUCAGUCAAAUAGAAAAGGAGAGAAGGGAGUAACGACAAAAAUGACCUCUCCGCCCUUUCGCCUCCUCCCACCCAUCUUCUCAAUCUUUGACUCAGGCCUCGCCGAAACCGCAAACCUCCCCCUCUUCUACCUCUCCCACGACGCCGAACCCUCCGAGAUAGACAAUGCAAUCGGCAUCAACAUCCACGCGGGCCCCUUCUCCACCGCCCCCAUCAUCGCGCACCUCACCCACCGCCUCGUCAGCCUGCCGGGCUAGAAGACCCGUCGCACGAUGCGAGUCCACCUCGAACAACCCCAGUGUCCCCUACCGCGCCCCCACCGUCGAGAAAGUAACUCCAGCGACACCCCCAAGAUCCUCCUCCACGAAGACCGCCGCUUACAAGGGAAUGCUCAGGGCUUCCGCGCGCUACUAAGCCGCAUCAUCCGCGGGAAGAGGUAUCAAGGCCUGUGGCGCUUCACAAUGCGUCUUAGCGACCCUUGUUGGAGAGACUUGACGACCGAUAUCGACUUCGAAUGGCGACAUAGCCGAGGGUUGCUGAUUCGGACUCUACGCCUGUCAGACGGGUGGCUGCUUUGGCGAAAACGCACGCCCGACGAAACCCGCAUUCUGAAGGCCCCACGACAAACGCAUCUCGGACAAAAGUACAUCGGAAGGGGAGGCCAUGCUAGAUUAGAUGAGGAGUUGGUCGCUAUGAUAUCAAUCGACCCUUCGCGACCGUACCUUGGUACAGGAUUCCGAUUCCUCAACUCUGCGGCCGUUCCCCCUGAUACAGAAGAAACAUCCUUCUUGAACGACGACUUUUCGUUGGUGGCAAUUAUGUCUGGCAUCGGCAUCAUCUUGGGCGAAACCGAAACAUUAGGCGGUGUCUUGACGUCAGAGGAAAUACAGGCUUCACAGAGGCCUCACCUUAAGCGUGCCGCGUUGGUAGAGAAACACGCCCGCGAGGCAAAGGAGUGGCUCGCUACGCUGGAUCUUAUGGAUGAAAACGACCACGACGAUGAGCCGUCCCAUCUGCUAAGGGCUGAGAAAGUGUCUCCAUGGAGAGGCCUCCAUGGGUCUGGAGCAGCCUUACGGGGAAGGGAGGGAGGCGUUGGCCAGACGAAAGGGUUCAAAGGAACAACAUCUGCAGAACGCAGACAGCGCAGUCUGUCGGCGCCCGAAACCUCUUCGCGACGGAGGUCUUCACAGAAGAGUCUGAAUCCUGAGCCGAAUCGGAGACAAGUUUGGGAAAAGAGGCCGACUGUGUACGUGCCGAUGAGAAGGGAGAGGACUGCCAACGCGUCUGCGGCAACGAGACGGACUACACCUUUACGGUCUUCACAGAGAAGCUCAUAUGGGGAUCGAGACCCGACGAGUCCGGGUGUUGUCUUGGCGCAAGGAAUGACAAGGAUUGAUUGAGUCAGAAAGAUCAAGGAAUAGAGCGUGUCGCGUUUUCAGAGGGGGACGGAUGGUUCGGAGACAGGGUGUUCGCAAACAUGCCUGGUUUGGUGACACUGCGACUGACCUCUUAGUUUGUCUAGAUGGUUUUAGCAGCACAGAGAGAAGUGGCGUUAGAACAACAUUUCCAGCAGUAGUCCUUCAAGGCAUUGAUACAAGG